AUGUCGCCGCUAAUUCGUUCCCAGUCAAAAGCUGCUGCAGUGUACGUAGCUGCAACACGGCAGCACGUGGGCAAAACAAGCACGUGUUUGGGCCUUUUACAUGGACUUACUCGUCGUUUAGAUCGUAUUGGUUUUCUAAAGCCCGUGGGACAAGAAAGUGUCACGGUCGAAAGUGGGUCCUUACGGGUGGAUAAGGAUGUCGCAGUAGCAAAAGAGGUUUUCAAGCUGAAUACCUGCAAUUAUGCAGACAUGUCCCCCGUGGUGAUUAUACCCGGCUAUACCAAACGGUUUCUAGACGGGAAUAUUACUGUAGAGAGUCAAUUGGAUAAAAUUCGCACGAGUUUCAAGCGUAUUAGUGAAGCUAAUGAGUUUACUGUAGUAGAAGGCACUGGACACACUGGAGUUGGUUCCAUUGUGGACUGUAACAAUGCUCGAAUAGCUGCUGAAUUAGGUGUCGAUAUGGUGCUGGUAGCCAAUGGUGGACUAGGUUCAGCGUUUGACGACCUGGCGUUGAACUAUUCAAUGUGCAAAGCACAUGGAGUGAAGAUUCGAGGUGUUAUUCUGAACAAAGUACUGGAAAAUCGAGUCGAAAUGCUGCAAGAGUAUUUUCCAAAGGCAAUGAAGUACUGGGGAGAGGAUAUUCCUUUGCUUGGUAUUGUGCCGAAUUUGCCAACACUCUCAAAUGCGAGCAUGCUGGACUUUGAAGGGCUGUUUGCAACUGAGAUGUGGACGUCACGUACGCGACGUUUUCAGCAGUACGAUAAAACUACACUUGUUACGGCAGGGCUUCGUCGGUUCUUAGAGAAAUUGAUUUCGCCCGAGUUUGAGCGCACGCUGUUCGUCACACACGUAUCUCGGAACGACAUUAUCAUGAGCUUCUUGUCACACGCACAGAACUUUGAGUUCAUGACAAAGAGACCUUAUGGUGGUGGACUUAUACUCACAGGUUCACCGUCUGACGAUCAACCUCAAGACUACAUAAUGAACAUGAUCAAGAACGCACAGACACCAGUUCUCUACGUGCCCACGACAACUUUUGAAGCUAUGGAGAAGAUCACGCAUUUUACAACAAAAUUCAAUCCGACGGAUACCGACAAGAUACAAGCAUGUGGUGAACACUAUGCCAACCAUAUCGACUUUGACGCUGUCCUAGACAUUUUGACAUAA